AUGACACUCAAGAUUAUUUUAAGCUUAGCUCUUAUUUUCAUUAUUUCCUCUGCAUUUAAGCAUGAUACUUUAAAACAAGAAGUAAACACAAAAUCAAUGCUUUUAUUUUUAGCUCAAAAUUAUACUGAAAGCACUGAAGAAAAAGCUACCCCGAGCUCUUUUUUUAGUGAGUUACCAAUUCAUGAUGACUGGGAUGAGGACUAUGAUUUUGAAUGGGAUGAAGAUGAUUAUAUAAUAGAUGACCUCAUUGAUCUAGCAAUCGAUUUUCUUGACGACAUCGAAGACUAUAAAGAAAUUCAUGAAGAAUAUCAACUCGAAGAAUAUGAAGAAGAGACAGAUGCAGAGGCGGAGAAAGAGCAAGAGCAAGAAGCAGAGGAAGGGGAAGAGCAAGAAGCGGAAGAAGGUGAAGAAGCACAAUAA